AGUCUUCGUGUUGGAAGGGCUUUCUUAUAAAGCUGCACCAGCAUUAAAAAAUUCAUUAGAGUUGAGCAGCAAUGUAGUGCGCAAGAAAAAUAAUGAUUUAUCAACUGGAGCUGUGGUGUUUGAUCGUGUUUUCGGCCGUCUCAUCAGGUGAACAAACCGGUCCAUCGUUGUCUUAUUUCACCCCCAACCCUCACCCCAAUUGCUACACUAGCGGUUACGUAAACCCUCCACGUUUCUGUGGCGUGCCAGCCGUGCAGCAACCGAAUUUUCACACAGUGGUGGAAGCGAAUCCGCUUUUGGCUGCGCUUUUCCUCAGCUCGACGUUGCAUCUGCACCCGAAAAUUCCGGGAUAUAAUCAUCUCGAACAUUUGCCGCUGAAUCCCUAUCUGGCGCUGCUUUUGUCGCAUUAUGGCAAAUAUCAACCGGUUUUUGGCAAAGGGGGAGGCUUGUAUGGAUACGUCGCUGCCAAUAAUUAUCAUAAUAAUAAACCCUUUGGGGCGUACAAGAUUUACGAAGACAAUGACGGCUGAUUUUCUAUAGUUUUGUUCAAUAAAAUAUGAUUUAAACGAAAA